AUGCAGUGCUGGCAACCGUCUGCUGCUAUGGGCACCUUUCUGGAAACCAAAAAGCAGUUGGCAGGGCAGGUCCUCCUGCUGCUGUUGCUCCCUGCUGCUGUGGCUUCAAGCAGCGAUCCUGAGCAAGCAGUCAACUUGAGAAAAAGAGCUGAGGACUUGAUGAAGGCCUCCCCUUUGAUAGACGGACAUAAUGACUUCCCACUAAUUCUGAAGUGGCAUCUUCAGAACAAACUGAAUGGCACUGAUUUACACACGUAUGAACGAAGCCACACCAACAUCAUGAAGUUGCAAGCCGGGCUGGUGGGAGCUCAGUUCUGGUCGGCCUACGUCCCAUGCAGCACCCAGAAUAAGGAUGCCUUGCGCCUGACUCUGGAGCAAAUCGAUGUCAUCAAGCGCAUGUGUGACAAAUACAAUGAGCUGGAGUUUGUGAGCUCUGCUGAAGCCCUCAACCAAAGCAAGAAGAUCGCCUGCCUGAUCGGAGUGGAGGGUGGCCACUCCAUUGACAGCAGCCUGCCGGUCCUGCGGACAUUCUACGAGCUGGGGGUGCGCUACCUGACGCUAUCACACACCUGCAACACACCUUGGGUGGAAACUUCAUCCAAGGAAACUCACCACUUCUACCUGAACGUGACUGGGCUGAGCAGCUUUGGUGAGGAAGUGGUGAAGGAAAUGAACCGCCUUGGCAUGAUGAUUGACUUAUCCCACACAUCUGAAGCCACCGCGAGGCAUGCCCUCCGCAUCUCCCGGGCUCCAGUCCUCUUCACUCACUCUUCAGCCUACUCAGUAUGCAACCAUCCCCGGAAUGUGCCAGAUGAAAUUCUGCUGCAACUGAAGCAAAAUGGAGGCAUUUUGAUGGUGACCUUCUCCAUGGGUGUGAUCCAGUGCAGUCAAUCAGCCAACAUCUCCAUAGUGGCAGAUCAUUUUGACCAUGUGAAGAAAGUGGCUGGAGCAGAAUCAAUCGGAAUUGGAGGGGACUACGAUGGGGUUGCUAAGUUCCCAACAGGCCUGGAAGAUGUCUCCAAAUACCCUGAUCUGAUUGCAGAGCUCCUGAGGCGAGGCUGGAGUGAAGAGGAGUUGAAGGGAGUUCUGCGGAACAACCUCCUGCGGGUGUUCAAGAGAGUGGAACAGGUUCGGAGGGAGAGUGUGGCUGAAACUCCCAAUGAGGCAGAAAUUCCAGUUGAGGAGGUGAAGAAUCCCUGCCGCACGGAAAAGGAAGAUAUAUUAAGUUUGUACCCUAGCAGCAAUUCAUUUGUCCUGACAGCAAUGCUCACCCACAUUGGGGGUGCACUCAUGACAUUCCUGCUCCUAUCAUAUUAAGUUAUGAUCCCCUGGGCGGAGAGCUUGGCUCCUGCCUUUUGGGAAAAGUGCAUUUCCCCACUGAUUUAUCUCCUGGUCUCUUCUUAGAUAGUAAAGGCCCUCUAAUUUGUUCUCAGCCUCCCUAGGUGGGAGGCCAUUCUAUCUCCCUCUCAUUAGGCUCCCAACUGCCUAGGCUGAGUCCUUAGGGGGCAGUUCCACCCAGUUUUUCUACAUACCUCUGAAAAUGUUGCUACUAA